UUUAUGAAUUUUAAUUUUAGAAAUUGUUCAGAUCCAGUUUAUUGGGACGAGAGAGCACGAAUUUAUUUUCCUUUAUCCUAUUUUUUUUUUAAUGUUGCUUAUUGGACAUAUUAUGUUGGCUAUCAUAAAAUAUUACGUCAAAAAUUUUUAAAUUCAAAUAUGCUUUCUGAUGUUUAA